UCAGCAUUAAGACAGGAUGGAACUCACACCAGUCUGCUGGCAAAUCUUGCUGUUGAGGACACUGGUAUACUCUGGCCUCGGACAAGGUGGAGCCUCUCUGAGUGUCAAUCCUGACAGAUCUCAGUUCUUUGAAUAUGAGUCUGUCUCUCUGAGCUGUGAGGUUCAGGGGAACUCUGCUGGAUGGAGAGUGGUGAGGAACCCAGAGAGAGGAAUCCUUUCAGAGUGUAAUACUGACUGGGGAAAACAACAAGGGUCUUCAUGCUCCGUGUCACUAAUACCACCAGACAGUGGAGUGUACUGGUGUGAGUCUGGGUCUGGAGAACAAAGCAAUGCUGUCAACAUCACAGUACAUGAUGGUGCUGUGAUCCUGGAGAUCCCUGCCCUUCCUGUGACUGAGGGAGAUUCAGUGACUCUGCGCUGCAGAUAUCAGGGAACUCCCUCUAACCUCACAGCUGAUUUCUACAAAGAUGGAUCCCUCAUCAGGACUGAGACUACAGGAGAGAUGACCAUCUAUGUAGUAUCCAAGUCAGAUGAAGGACUCUACAAGUGUACCAACUCUGAAGGAGAAUCACCAGAGAGCUGGAUGACUGUGAUGACAGAGACAGAGAAGUCUCCAGGAGAUGAUCCAGUCUACUCUGCAGUGAAGACCUCCAACACCACAG